AUGUCUGUAAAAUUUACAGCACAAGAACUUAAUUAUCUUAUCUAUAGAUAUUUAGAAGAAUCAGGUUUCAAAUUAACAACUCUUGCUUUUAAAACUGAAACACAAAUUGACAAGCUAGAGAUUAAUCCAGAAGAUGUUCAACGUGGUGCAUUAAUAACUUAUAUUUUAAAAGGUUUACAAUAUCGGGAUAUAGAAGUACAUUCUAAUCCAGACGGUACCAUAACUAACUGUGAAGCAAUUGUGCCUUUGAUUGGUAAACAUGCUUGUAAAAGAUCCAUGGAUCCUGAACCACUAGUCAUCACCACUUCAAUACCUAAUUCUUAUAAAACAAAUGAAGCAAAUCAAAAUUUAAAUGAUGAUUUAGCUAAACAACAAUCUCAAAAGGACUUAGCAAAAAAUCAAUCACAAGAACUUAAUUAUCUUAUCUAUAGAUAUUUAGAAGAAUCAGGUUUCAAAUUAACAACUCUUGCUUUUAAAACUGAAACACAAAUUGACAAGCUAGAGAUUAAUCCAGAAGAUGUUCAACGUGGUGCAUUAAUAACUUAUAUUUUAAAAGGUUUACAAUAUCGGGAUAUAGAAGUACAUUCUAAUCCAGACGGUACCAUAACUAACUGUGAAGCAAUUGUGCCUUUGAUUGGUAAACAUGCUUGUAAAAGAUCCAUGGAUCCUGAACCACUAGUCAUCACCACUUCAAUACCUAAUUCUUAUAAAACAAAUGAAGCAAAUCAAAAUUUAAAUGAUGAUUUAGCUAAACAACAAUCUCAAAAGGACUUAGCAAAAAAUCAAUCAGGCAAAAAAGUUGCACAAAAACAAAUUAAAUCUAACAAAAAUCAAAUAGAUUCAAUAGAUUCACCUGAAUUAGUAAAAAAAUCUCAAGGAGAAUUAAAUAAAAUUACUUCAAAAAUAAUAAAACCAUUAAUUGAUGAUGAAUAUACAACACUUGAAGGGCAUGUUGGCGAAGUUUAUUUUUGUAAAUGGCAUCCUAAUGAUCCAAAUGUCUUGGCUACUGCAGGUCGUGAUUCUGUUUUGAGAAUCUGGAAAACCGAUCAUCAAGGAAAUUUUACUGAUGCUUUAAAAAUGGGAAAUGACGAGUUUUACUAUGAUAAUUUUAUAUGUUCAGUAGAUUGGAGUGUAAGCAUUCAGAGAAACAUUUAA